AUGCUUAAAGCAAUUCAUUUGAGCAGACAUCUUUGAAUGAGAAGCAAAUGGUUCAGUAAAUUUUUAAACUGGACAAGUAGGAAAAAAUAUUUCCAGUUUUUAAAGUUUGGCAAUCUUGAAUACAUUUUGAGCAAAUCAAGCAGUUUAUUUGACAAAAUUUAUUAUUCCUUGAGGGAAAUCAUAAAUAAAAAAUUUUCUUUUAAUUUCGAAAAAAAAACCCUUUAA